UGUCGUCCUCAUCGUCACGGCGGGCGCCUCUUCCUGGAUUCAUUCAUUCGUUUUUCCAUUCACGAAGGUAGUAAGGCCUAGUUGAAAGCCAUGGAGAGCGCUCUUCCUGCCGCCGGCUUCUUGUACUGGGUCGGCGCAGGCACCGUGGCCUACGUGGCCCUGCGCAUCUCGUACUCGCUCUUCACGGCCCUUCGGGUCUGGGGUUUGAGUCACGAGGCAGGGGUCGGACCAAGGCUCGGAGAAUGGGCAGUUGUCACAGGUAGUACUGAUGGAAUUGGAAAAUCAUAUGCAGAAGAGUUAGCAAAACAUGGAAUGAAGGUUGUCCUUAUCAGCAGAUCACAGGAUAAACUGAAUCAAGUUUCCAGUGAAAUAAGAGAAAAAUUCAAGGUGGAAACAAGAACCGUUGCUGUUGACUUUGCAUCAGAAGAUAUUUAUGAUAAAAUUAAAACAAGCUUGGCAGGUCUUAAAAUUGGUGUUUUAGUGAACAAUGUGGGAAUGUCAUAUGAGUAUCCUGAAUACUUUUUGGAUGUUCCUGACUUGGACAACACCAUCAAGAAACUGAUAAAUAUUAAUGUUCUUUCUGUUUGUAAGAUGACACGAUUGGUGCUGCCCGGUAUGGUGGAAAGAUCUAAAGGGGCAAUUCUGAACAUCUCCUCUGCCAGUGGCAUAGCCCCAGUUCCACUGUUGGCCAUCUACUCUGCAACCAAGGCUUUUGUGGAUUUCUUCUCUCAGUGCCUCCAUGAGGAAUAUAAGAGCAAGGGUAUCUUUGUGCAGAGUGUUCUGCCGUACUACGUAGCUACAAAGCUGUCGAAAAUCCGAAAGCCAACUCUGGAUAAACCGUCUGCGGAGACAUAUGUGAAGUCUGCGCUGAAAACGGUGGGCCUGCGGUCCCGAACCACCGGAUACCCGGUCCAUUCUCUUAUGGACUCAGUAAUUUCAGUCAUGCCUACCUGGCUAUAUCUUAAAAUCACCAUGAAUUUGGGCAAGUCCACGCGGGCUCGCUAUAUGAAGAAAAACAAGAAGAACUAAGCACUGGUAACUCGCUGAGUAGCUUGGCCCAGUGUGCCAGCCUACGUGUGUUUCCGGCAAGGCACCCACCCGUGUCCAGAGUCUGUGGUUGUCGUUUGAUCAGUUACUAAUAAGGCUAAAUGUUGUCAUAAUUGGGACGAAAGCAGAAGUUGUGUUCAGGAGUUCUGGACAUACAUUUUGAAUACUGCCAGGAGUUAUUUUGAAAUUUAAUGUAAAUGCUCCUAUCCAAUGGACAUAGAACUAAUAAUACUAACAAGAACAGUGUCAUGGGAAGAAACAUGAUUUUGGCAAAUCACAGAAUGACAGAGCCAGACAUAACACUUCAGUGGUUUCCUCUGGCCCGGAUGGUGAUGGUUCUUGUAUAUUCUCUGAAUUAUACUUUAAAAAGUAAGCUCCAUUUUUUUUUUUUUAAACACUUGGAGGGAGUGGAGAUUAAUUGAUUCACUUAUAGGAGGACACAUUGUAAUAAGCAUUGCUAUGAGGUUUUCUAAAAGUAUGUCCCAAUGUGUAUAUUUCUGUGGAACUUUUUGUUCUCAAAGGUAGCUAAUGAUGUAAAAAUAAUACAGGAAACAUGAAGUUCCUUUUGACACAGGGAGCCCACUAAUAUAUGCUUUCCUCUAAUACAUAUUUCUUCUCAGUUUAAAUGCGUGUAAAUACUGAAAGCUAUAUGGUAUGAUUUAUAAAGGUAAAUGGGCCAAAAAAUACAUGGAGAUGAGCAGUCCCCUAUUGUGCCGCUCAAGCCGUGACCCAGGAGAGUGGCCUGCUUGGACCCCAGCCUCUUCUGUCUCUGCACUGCGCCAGCCCUGUUCUCAGGUGUGACCACAAGCUAUUCCUUAAAGAGUGAUGGUAACAGAGAAGUGACCUUGGACUUUGAAAUCGAUACCCUGUAGAUAGCACUCUGACUAGUUUUAAUAAAAGGUGAUAUAACCACAGUGAUGAUUGUAAAUGUAUUUCUUUGGUGCUUGAAAUUAAGGCUGUUUUUACACCGGCUUACUAUAAAUUAAGACUUACUUUUACCCUGCUCCAUAAUUUGAGGGAAAUCACCAAGAGAUAAUUCAGUAUUGUGAAACAUGUAACACAGAAGGUAGGUCUUUAUGAAAGCUGUGGUUCCUAAGCUCUGAGUUUUAAGCACCAGGAGAUUUGUUUAAAAAAAAAAAAAGUAAUUGCCGUGUUUAGGUGUUGAGGUGUUUCUACCGUUUAGUUUUGCUAGCUAAGGAUGUAAAACAAAAAUAGGAAGAUCCAAAGUACGGUCUGCUCUUAGCAUCAUUACAUAGGAGAAAAGACAUUUUAGCACCCAAAAAGUAAGAACAUAAUCUCAGAAUCAUUUAAACUGACUUUUGAAAUAUGAUUUUGAAAUUGAUUUUGAUAUGAAAAUAAACUUAGUUUUAUGAAAAACA